UUGUGGUUUAUUUUUAGUGGGAUUUCUAUUUAUUUGGUGAAUCAAUUCGCCGAUAUCACUUUUUGAGCAAACGACACACAGAUUGGCGAAACCGAAACCAAAACAAUUCAUUUACAUAAUGUGGACGAUGAAUGAUGUGUGUGCUAUGUGUAAAUUCCAAAGUAUACAUCCGGCUUCAGCAUCGAAAUGUUAAGUAUCACUCUUUUUUUUGGGCACUAGAACAAAAGUGCAUGCUCUAAAAAUAAAGAACUUGAUUUUUUGUGUGUGUACGGUGACCUACAAAAAUGCAAUAGGAUUUAUCGUUCAAAAGCUGGUAUAUAAAUCAUCACCUGGCAGACAUAAGAAGCAGCUUACGAAGCACACGACAAAAUAAUCCAUUGAAGAGUGAAACGAAAGAGAAAAAAAAAACUUUCUCCAAUGCCAAUCAUAUUUAUCUCAUAUAUGCGGGCCACCUUGUCACAUUGCAUGUAUGUUGACCAUCAAAGCAGACAUGGUUGUGCUGGUGGUGUGUGUGUGUGAGAUGGUGUGGUAAUUCCACUUAUUGCUUAAAUAAUAUUGCUGCAUCGCUUCAUCAUACACACAUCAUGAAUACAUGGGCAUACAUGGUGUGCUUUCCAUAUCACAUACGUGACGAGACCGAGUGUGGUUUUUACGCAUUUUACACGACACACCGAGUGAAUAAUUAUCAAUUCAUAAUCGAAAUGUAAACACAUACCUAUCCAUUCAUGUUGCAUAUCGGUUUAACAAUGCUCCAUUCCGUCGGCAUUUUAUUUCGUUUUGCGUCAGUGCAGUGAUCACAUCACUUGGCUCUGCUCUGCUCUCUACCACGCAUCCGCAACAAGUGAAAAUUUUAGAGAAAUAAAAACGAAAGUGCCAUUCGAGAUCAAUGAAUAAAGAGUGCAUUUAAGUUGAACGGAUUUUUGUUUGAUAAUUUUCCAUGCAAUUGAAUUAUGGAUACAGUUGGAUCUUGGAAAAUGAUGGGUAUUACGUUGUUUUGCUUCGUGCAUUGUUUGCAUUACACUCUGUCAACGGCUAUUGCAAUCGACGAUGUUAACGAAGCCAACAAAUCCGACAAAAGCGAAAGUGUUGCGCAUGACUCAUUUGAAAAACACGAAAUCUGGUCACCUCUACUUGAGGAGUUGACGAUCAAUUCAUCGUAUGCACGUGAUGGUCGAUCGAUACAACAACCAUACAGAUAUAUUCCAACAUCAAAUGCGUACAUCAACAGAAGAGUAGAUAAUUUGACACCACUGGGACCUGGAGCUUCGAAGCAAAAUUUUCAAUUCAACGGUCCCAGCACCUCCGGCAAUCGACCCAAUCAAUUCUUCAACGAUCGUGUUCAACAAAAUGGUCCCGAAGUAUCCGAAACCGAUCUCUAUUUGUUGAGUGCUAUCGAGAAAUUAGUGUUUCGCGUCGAUUACAUGGAACGUCGAUUACGCAAAACGGAACAAAUUGUUUACUAUUUAAUGGCUGGCAACAACGAGCACAAAAAAGAAAUUUAUGAAAAACCUUGUCCCAUGAACUUCACAAGAGUCGGAGACAAUUGUUAUUUGUUCGUGGUGAAUCAACCGGCGAAUUGGAAAGCGGCCAAUAAUAUUUGUCGUUCGUAUGGUGCCCAUUUGGCGGAACUGGAUGGUUCGAAUGAAAAUAACGAUAUGACCGCAUAUUUAUUGAAUCAUCAGCAACUUUUGAGUGGACACGGUAACUUUUGGUUGGGCGGUUUGAAUCCAGGCUUGUUGUGGAUUUGGUCAACUUCCGCACGACCGGUCAAUCCAAAUGUGAAUUUAACUCAAAUUCACAAUUCAACACAAUCGGCUCCGGCCAACGGAACACCAAAAGUCGCGACGAAAAUUAAAACCGACAAUAAAAAGACGUCAAGCAAUAAAAAAGGAACCAGCACCAAUUCGACUACACCGAUUGCUAGCGCGAAGAAAAUCGUCGAAGCCACAAAGAUAACAAACACACCGGCGAAUGACAGCGAUAUGAAAAUCGAAGGAUUCGGCCGAUGCCUGGGACUAUCUUACAAGCCCAACAAACACAUUUAUCAACUGUACGGAUUUGAUUGUAACGGUCAUCAGAAAUUCGUGUGUGAACUGCCUCAGGAUCACAUUGAUAAUGAAAUCGAUCGCAUUGCUAAAAAGCUAUUCCAUUAAACAGAUGCAUCUCUGUCUUAUUUAUUUCUGUAUUUAAAUUAUUUAUUAACGAUUUUUUAUUUUAGAUUUUAGAAAGUGUUUGCAUAAAAAAAAAUAUCUCUGCUGUCUUAAAUGCCAAUAUGAAGAUCAAGAAAUAAAAGUGAAUUUGAAUUUAUAAUAUAACAAGAAA